ACGUCUGACUUCCCGUGUUGAUCUCACCGUCAGGAAGGGGACCAACAAUUCUGUUCCAGAUUAAAGCAAAAACAACCAAGUUUGUUCUUCAUCCAAGUCUGAAGCAACAUGGGGGAGAAACUUUUCCUCCUCGGCUUAGUGGCGCUAGUCUGUGUCCGAGUCCGCUCUCAACUUGAAGAAUGCUACACCAGAGUGGAUGACCGUGUGGUGUACGAGGGAAGAGUGAACGUGUCUGAGUCCGGGGACCCGUGUCUACAGUGGAGCGCCACUGGCGGACAGAAGCCGCUGCACAACUACUGCCGGGCCCCGCGGGUGGGGGACCUGAAGCCCUGGUGUUACGUACUGGUUGGGGGGAAAUCACUGGUGGAGGCACAGUGUGACAUCCAACACUGCACAGAAUGUUACACGCUGACGGGAAGUGACUACAGAGGAAACCAGUCGGAGCCGUACUCCGGCGUGGGAACAGCGUGCAUGUCCUGGGCUGAUACCGGCGGGGGGAAGCAGGUGUCCACCGCCAGAUAUCCUGGAGGAUCGCAGGGCAUCGGAGAACACAACUACUGCAGGAACCCUGAUGGCCGAUCCACUCUUUGGUGUUACACAGGACAAUCCCCUGGAAGUGCGCUAGGAUGUCGCAUCCAGAACUGUAAAGCGCCGGGAUAUCUUGGAUGCUACAAAGCAGUAAACCCGUACAACGUGUGGAGAAUCACACGUCAACAGCCUUUUGCCACACUCACCAUCCCAUACUGCCUGGACUUCUGUCGCCGCCAGGGGGCACAGUACGGCGGGGUCAAUCGGGGUACCCACUGCUACUGCAUCACAGGACCGAGGACCUCCCAGCGGAUCCUGCGGGAAGUGAACGACUGCAGCACGCCCUGCAGCGGGGACAACCGGCAGUUCUGCGGGGGACAAAGCAGCAUGGCACUGUUCGAUGUGAAGAUGGGUCGGUGCGGAGGAAACCUGUACAGCACGAGGGGUACCGUCUACUCACCCAACUGGCCCAACCCCUUCCCCACAUCAAAGAUCUGUUCUUGGACCAUCACUGUUCCAGAGGACAGGUUUGUCCGACUCCAGUUCAAGUACUACGACAUCCCGGACAAGAACGACUACGUGUCCGUCUGGAACAACGACACCGACUCCGGGCUGGUUCUGAAACCGCAGGACAUGAAGGACGGGUACGUGGUGGAGUCCAACGUCGUCAACCUCUACUUCUCGUCCGAUCCGCACGGAAGCGGGGGUGGAUUCUCUCUGCUGUACGAAGCGAUAAAACAGUGCCCAAAACCAAACAUACGUGACGGUAUGACGAGCGCCAGCUUCUUCCUGCCGGGCCACAAGGCGUCCUUCCGCUGCCGGUGGGGUUUCACCCGGGUCGGACCGAGAACCGCCACGUGCCAGGAUAACGGCGAGUUCGACCAACUCCCGGAGUGCGUGCCCAACAAAGUCACCACGAUAGGGCCAAAGAGAACAGCUGCAGUGACAGAAACAGGCGGAACAAACUGGAGAACCAAAACUACAGAGCGUCCAGCGAGACCCAUAGGUCCUACUGACAGUUACCGAAGGCCGUUCAGCACCAAGGACAGCCACGACACUACAGACGGACUACCCACGCCUGUUGCCGAGGCCGAUCCUGGGACGUCAGACAAGCGAUCCUCUCGUGUCAAAUUUAGCUAUGUACUUAUCCUGAUCGUGGCCCUCAGCAUAGCGGUCCUCCUUAUAGUGGUGCUUCUCGUCUUCGUUAUCAUACUCUGCAAACAGAAAAAAGAUAGAGAGAGACACCGUGGGAACGAGAGACGUAAUGGCGAGGUUGUCGUGUACGAGACUGUUCCCAUGACAGCUACGAAAAGCCACUUUUAUAUACCUUCCAGCUCCGACGACACUACGGCAUCGAACGGCCACACCACGUUCCACCCGCCCAAACAGGAGAACAUCUACGACUCCGUGCCGGAAGUACAGUACGCCACGGUCAACAAGCAGAGGAAGACCGAACACGGCGGCGAUGCCGACGACAAGCCGGAGAACCAGAAACACGACCUGAACAAGAACGAGGACAGGGACACGGGCAGGGACUCGGGCGGGGACGACACGCACGACUACGCCGAGCCGCCAGACGUGGGGAGACCAGAGACAGCAGAUAGUGGGGAGGACAGACAGUAAAUACACAACACAACACAACACAACACAAUACAGAGAACGUCGAU